UUUAUAUUCGUGUUCUCUCAUCAUAGAUCACAGGUGGUGGUGUUUAUGAAUGGUUGGAUUUUAGAGUGUCACUGUCUUGUGCCUGCUGCCUUGAUCUUUCGUCGCUUGAUUAGGCUUAAUUACAAGAAAGAGAGACGAUGACUGUGAAAGAUAAUGAAUGGUUCAGGGAGAAGGUGGAAAACAUCAGCACAUGCGACGUUUUCUUGGUUUCAACAGAGCUUAAGAAAUUAGACAGAGAGAGCCGGAAAAAUUUGUACUCUCAUGUCGACUUCUCGCAAUUUGUGAAUGGACUUCCUGCACAAUUGGCUCUCGGAGCUGGGAAUGAAUAUUUUGAAGCAUUUGCAGAUUUGAUUAUAAUGCUGUUAGAAUACAAAAAUCCAUCCGAAGCCUUUGCAGACCUAAAUGUUGUUUGUGGGAAUAUGUUGGAUCACAAGCACGAAAAAGUCAGAGAAGUUGGUGUGUCGCUGCUUAUUUUAACUCUUGAUUGUGGAGAGUCCCAUUGUCUGCUAUCAUCCCCAGACUACCUUUCCAAGGUGGUGAAGCUUGCAUCAAAUACUGACCUAAACGCUGCCACUCCUGCCCUGACUGCAAUCUCAAGACUUAUCUGUAAAAGUCCUGAGAACUGCCGGCUUUUCCUGCUUGGUCCAGUCGGUGCAGCUUUGAAGGCUGAUUGGGAAUCAGCCUCUGAGGUGCACCGUGUCAGGGUUUACAAUUUAGCGACAGAAGCGGCUUGCUUGUCAGAAGAAUUCUUGAAGAUUGUGGUUGAUAGUAAGAUUCUCUUCUUCAUGCAGGAGCGUUUGCAAAACAAUAAUGCCACUUCUGAUCCUCUGAGUUUGAUGAACAUCAUUGAGUGCUUCGCCAAACUGAGCAAAGUCGAAUGGGGCUUCAAUUAUUUGGCGAGAAGCGGCACAUUUGUCAGACUUGAGGACAGCCUCGUUUCUGAUAAUCUCGGGCCAAUGCAGAGUAUCAUCAUGCCUGAGCUCUACGAACUUUUCGGCAACCUGAGCCAGACUGUCCCUGAAAAGAUCCUCAGCGAGUGCCCUCGAUUCGUGCCUCACAUCCUCAAGUCCGUGCCCACUGCGUCCGUCAGUCCACACAUCACCAGAGCAGAAAUUGCCAUGAUUGGGCAGGUAGCCACACAGGUGCCAGGAAAAAUCUACCUUUCACAGCAGUUUGCUGAACUGGAGGAAUUCUAUGCGUAUCUGAAAUAUCGCGCCAACAGCGGCGUCCAGGAGGAUAAAAUGUGCGUGCUGGACACUGCGGCCGCACUUCUCUACCUCAAGCCUGAUGAGCAGUCUGACGCCUUGUGUCGCCUGAUGAACCAGUGGUUUGAAGCCAUCUUCACUUCUGUCCGCCGUGUACACGAAAAGUGCGCAGAGCCAUUCCCCGAAACGGUGCUGCCAGCGCUGCAGCUGCUGCUGGUCGUCAGCCAGCAAGCGUGGGGCCGCAGGGAAAUGAUGGCGACGCCUGGACUCUUCGAGUGGCUGCUCGACAGGGAGGCCGCGUGUGGAGUUCACAAGAGCACCGGCUCAGGAGGCAAUCCGGUGGUGUUGAGGGCAAAGUACGACAUUGUCAAGGUGCUGAACAACAGCGCCGAUUUGGAGCUGAGUCUGGAGCAGAAGGACGCGUUAGCAGAGUUUGUGAAACAGGGUCCCUUUUUCAAACGCGGAAUGUAUGAAGUUGCCACUGAGGCGCCAGGGAACUAAAAGUGGAAUUUGAAAAACACAUUCGUGUUGGCCACAGACUGGAUUUCUCUGUAUUUCGUUCAAAAGAAAAGUAUUCCUUUUCCUGCCAGGUUAAAAAUGUAUCUUUUUAUUUGGUUAUAGUUUUAAAUGGAUUCAACAUUACACAUAUCUGUUACUUAUUUUAGCUGAAGAUUGAAUAAACUGAACCAGUAAAGAAGAAA